AUGGGAAUUAUUGGUCCAGUCAUUCGAGGUGUUGUGGGAGAACAAUUGAGAGUUCUCUUCAGAAACAAACUUCCAUUCGCUGCGAGCAUCCAUCCUCAUGGUGUUCUCUAUGAUAAGGCAAGUGAAGGUGCUGCCUAUGUUGAGAAACCAGGUGGUCCUUUUGUUUCUCCAAAUUCAGGUGAUGCUGUUGAACCUGGAGCUGAAUUUGAAUAUGUUUUCAAUGUACCUGAAAGAGCUGGACCUCUUCCUGGAAAUCCUUUGAGUUCCAUUGCAUGGAUGUAUCACUCGCAUGCCAUGGACGAGCCUAAGGAGACUCAAGCUGGUUUGAUUGGUUUUAUUGUGAUUACCAGAAAAGGUAAAGCAAAGAAGAAUGGUGCUCCAAAAGAUGUAGACAAGGAGUUUUUCGUCAUGCCUAAAAUUUUCGAUGAGCAGACUUCUGGAUUUUUAGAACAAAAUAUUUUAAAGUAUCUCAAUGAAACUGGCACGUUGACUCAAGCUCAAUUCCAAGCCUUCAAAAACGGUGCUAUUAGAGCCAGUAAUCUAAAGGAUAGUAUUAAUGGAUACAUUUUCAUUAAUAAUCCUGGUAUUCGUAUGUGUGAAGGAGAACGAGUCAGAUGGUAUGUGGGUACAAUUGGAAACUUUGACCUUCACCCCAUUCACUGGCAUGGUAUUGUGGGAUUGGAGGAUGGAGUUCGAAGAGUUGACACUGUAUUCGUAGCACCUGGAAUUGCUAGAGUACUGGAUAGUGAGGCAGAUAACCCAGGUACAUGGCUUUUCCACUGUCACAUUGAUGGCCACAUGAUGGAUGGAAUGGUAGAUGUCUUCCACAUUGAGAAGUGCAAGAAGAAGAGAAAAUAA